AUGCAUGGCUUCUGGGCACUUGUUAAGGAUAAAGAGGUAGCUAGAAAGAUGACUGAAUACAUGCAGAUCAGUUCCAUCGGUGUAUCUAAAGAAUCUCAGAUUCGAGCUGCAAAGAUUCUUGGAGUGCUUGGCGAAGGUUGUAGGACUGCUGAUUCAGAGAACUUCUUUGAGUAUAGCCAUAGCAUUCUGAAAGAAAGGUGGGAGAGAUUGCGAAAUGUUGUCAAGAACAGCAGAGUCUUCAGUCUGCCAAAGUACCCACGAGAUUACUGCAACUUCACUGGAAAGUACAUGGAUUCAAAUCCUGCUUUUGCAUGGUUGCACAGCAAGGAGGAUAUAGACUGGGAGAGUCGUUUAAGAGAGCAUAAGAUAAUAGCAAGAAGUGGGGAGCGGUUUGGGGCUAGUCCAAAGCAUGUCAGAAUAAGCAUGUUUAGUCCACCAGAAGCCUUUAACCUUUUCUUGGAGAGGUUAUCAGCAAUCAUCGACAAUACCAACGGAAAUGUAGUGACUUGAUACAUGGGACGAGAAGAAAGCUCUAUCAUCAAAUAAAAUGUUCUUAUCACGCCAGUAUUAGAGAACAUUAAGAGGACACAGUAGGAUCUAGGCUAACUAGGGAUACAGGGUAGUUCAUACUCGUACAUCCGAUGGUUUAUUCAAAUUUUAAUGCGAUGUAGAUUGCUACGCCUUUGAUUCUAUGUAAACACGGAAUGGGAUAUAUAAUUUAUAUGAACUGUUGCCAAUAUAAUAGACGUGUUUCUUAUCUAGCAA